UGAAGACCAUCAUAAAUGAGUUCCUCUGUAUGCGUCCAAGAACGCAGGAGACGCCCCCGCAGGUCGCUCAUUUCUGACGCGUCUGUGCCGUUCCGGAAGCGCGACCCGAUGGACGCGUCUUGCGGCACCUCUACAAAUUCAAUGGCAGACACGGAGGAUUUUUUUCAAGCCGUGUGCUCGUACCCGUUCCUUUAUAACGUGUCUCUGCAUCACUACCGCAGAUCCGAGCGGAGGAAAGCGUGGCGCGAGGUCGCCGCGUCCAUCGGUCUCUCUGUGGUAGAAUGCAAUCUAAGGAAUGAAGAGGGGGGGCGUUGCCUGCAUUACUGGGCGCACAGAGAAAUCUCGUUCCUGGACUCUCGCAUGAGAAAGAGAAAGCGUCACAGUGAAGCAGAAGCUCUAGAGGAUCUGUGUGAUAGGAGCAGAACCUGUCAGAACUCGACUGAGGGGCAAGACCCCGGAACUCUGCUCGCAGCAUCAGCAUCACACGCCAAUGGGACGAUGGAGGAAAAAGAGAUUGUGAGGAGCUGCGAUAAAGCAGUGCUUGACAGAGCUCUAGAUGAAGACGAGUUGUUUCUCUUGAGUUAUGUACCUGCCCUGAAACGACUGAAGCCACAGAAGAGAGCCGCCGUUAAAAUGAAGAUCCAGCAGCUCAUGUUUGAUGCUGAAUUCAAAGAUGAGUGAACUGUUGCGUGAGACUGUUUCAUUUGACCUUUUCAGAUAAAACCGGGGAGUACAUUUAAAGUUGAGAUAUUUUACUGAACUAUCUCGGUUGAGAUAUUUUACUGAACAUUGCCCCAUUCUCACCCCCGUCCCCUACAAUAUUUUUUUGCAUGUUUUUGAACAAAAUUAUUUAAAAGAUGCUUUAUGUAUGUAUA